GGGGCUUGCCAAAAGCCCUUGAAAUGAGGCCCUGGCCUCGCCGCAACUGCGGCAGCUGGUCCUAACCUCGGCCUUCGGGUUGGCAGCCGCACAGCCGCUACCAGCAAGGCCUGCUGCAGCAUGGCCACUCCCAGGCGGUUUCCGACGCUCGUGCAGCUGGAGCAGCGAGAAGGGACGCUAUUCACGGUGCUCGGUAACCUCACCAAGCAGCCCUACUGGUUCCACUCCGAGUACCUGAAGAGUCCGAAGGCGGUUCACCUCGAGGCCUGGCUGGUGGAAGCGAUCUUCGGCCGGGGAGGAGAGCACAUCCCACACGUCGAGUGUGUGUCGCAGACCCUGCUUCACGUUAAUCGGUGGGACCCCGAGGGCGAGGCUGAGAUCUUGAUAUUUGGUCGGUCUUAUUACCAGAAAGAUGUAUCCAAGAUGAUCAUGAAUUUGGCUGACUACCACCGCCAACUCCGGGCACAAAGCUCAGAGAAGGUCCCUGCCCAGGACGCAGCGACCCAGCGGUCCCCCCAGGCUGCCCGAGAGGCCGCAACCCAGCGGUCCCCUGACGUUGCCCGGGAGACGGCGACCCAGAGCUCCCCGAAGACUGCCCGGGAGGCGGCGACCCAGAAGUUCCCCGACACUGCCCGGGAGACGGCGACCCAGAAGUUCCCCGACACUGCCCGCGAGGCGGCGACCCAGAGUUCCCCGAAGGCGGCCCGCGAGGCGGCGACCCAGAGUUCCCCGAAGCGGGCCCGCGAGGCGGCGACCCAGCGGUCCCCGAAGGCGGCCCGCGAGGCGGCGACCCAGAGUUCCCCGAAGGCGGCCCGCGAGGCGGCGACCCAGAGUUCCCCGAAGGCGGCCCGCGAGGCGGCGACCCAGAGUUCCCCGAAGCGGGCCCUUGAGGCGGCGACCCAGAGUUCCCCGAAGGCGGCCCGCGAGGCGGCGACCCAGCGGUCCCCCGGCGCAGCCCGCGAGGCGGCGACCCAGCGGUCCCCCGGCGCAGCCCGCGAGGCGGCGACCCAGCGGUCCCCCGGCGCAGCCCGCGAGGCGGCGACCCAGCGGUCCCCCGGCGCAGCCCGGGAGGCGGCGACCCAGCGGUCCCCAGAGGCUGCCCGCGAGGCGGCGACCCAGCGGUCCCCCGGCGCAGCCCGGGAGGCGGCGACCCAGCGGUCCCCCGAGGCUGCCCGGGAGGCGGCGACCCAGCGGUCCCCCGAGGCUGCCCGGGAGGCGGCGACCCAUUGGUCCCCCGAGGCUGCCCGGGAGGCGGAGACCCAGCGGUCCCCGGACGCUACCCAGGGCCCGGUUACCAGGUCAUAAAAGCACUCGGGGCCUGGGAGCAGGAGCCAGGCAAAGAUAAAGUGGAAGACCUUACUGCAGCUCUAUUCAUCUAAGUCCUGCUUCCUUAUGCAGAAGCUGGGGAAAGAAUGGUGUGGGUACUUAUUGGUCCCCGCCCCCAUGUUAAAAGUUUGCAAACACUGAUCUAAAGAGUUCUAAUAAAGAAUUGAA